AUGGUGGAGAUAAAAUUAUCUAAUUCAUAUGGACUAAAAUUAAUGGAAAAUAGAGCUUUACGAGUAAAUUGUAUGAACAAAAUUUUUUUGAAGCCUAAUUUCAAAGAAAGUGACAGUGCUUCAACUUAUGUUCUAUAUCAAGAUAUGUUAAAAGUUUUACUCACAGUAUGCUUGUGCAAAUUGAUAAAAUUCCAUUUUCUUGAUGUUGAACACAGUGUUACUAGCGGGACUUUAAAGGGGGUAUGA